CACAGCUCUGUUUCCCUCUUCCCCAUCAACGUAACCCCUCCUUUCUCUUCUUCACAUCCUCCCUUUCCAUUUCUCCAUGGCGCUCAAGUUGCAUGGCGCUCCCAUGUCCACUUGCACCGCUCGGGUCCUUUUCUGUCUCCAUGAAAAGGAAGCUGAUUUCGAGCUCGUUCCGGUCGAUCUCUUUGCCGCUGAACACAUGCAGCCUCCUUUCCUCGCCAAGAAUCCUUUUGGCCUGAUCCCAGUGCUUGAAGAUGGCGAUCUUACUCUUUUUGAAUCAAGAGCAAUAACUGCAUAUCUAUGCGAGAAACUAAAAGAGAGUGGCACGGAUCUCAUCCGCCACCAAAACCUCAAAGAAGCAGCAACUGUGAAACAGUGGAUGGAGGUGGAAGCGCACCACUUCAACCCUGCAAUCUCCAAAAUCGUCUUCCAGUUCAACGUCGCACCACUCCUCGGGAAGGCGCCGGACCAAGCCAUCAUCGACGAGAACUUGGAGAAGCUGGGAAAAGUGCUGGAAGUGUACGAGCAGAGGCUGAGGACCAGCAAGUACGUCGCCGGAGAUUUCUACAGCUUGGCCGACCUCCACCACAUUCCUUACACCCACUACUUCAUGAAGACUUCUUGUGCCAAGGUUAUAAACGAUCGUCCCCACGUAAAGGCUUGGUGGGAGGACAUCUCUUCCCGGCCGGCGUUCAUGAAGGUCGCCCCCGGGAUGACUUAUGGGGAGAAAUGAAGCCGGAUAGUUUUUUUUUUUUUUUUGACAAGACUAAUUUGCGAAACCGGAAAGUUUUAUGUAUCUUCAAAUGGAGUUGUGAAGAAAGCUUGACAUUAUAAUGAUGGUUUCCCACUGAAUGUCAGAGAAUAAUUUCAAACGGCGAUGCAUUUUCUCUCUCUGUCUGCAUUUUGCUUGACUU